GCACUGACCACCACCGUCCAGCCACUGUGGCUGAUACUGAACCUCCACCAUGGCGGACGCUAUACCACAAAGCGAUGUUUCUCGUCCCUCUGCGCUGCCCACAGCCAACCUCCUCCAGCGCCCGAUUCAGCCGCUCGUCGACCAGAACUCGAACGAGUACCUGGAUGCCAUAGAGGAGGAGUGGAACAAGAAAGUCGACGUUGAGGUCGACACACUGGUGGACGGAAUGGUCGACCUUGUCGGGCUGGCUUCGAUCGGAGACAAGGACAAGUUCAGAAUAGCGCAAGAGUCCUACCAGGCUGAAUGCCGAGCAGAGUCAAUGAUCCGGGCAGCACAUUCUCUGCUGUCCAUCAUCCACUCCAUGAAGCUGCUGCUAUUACUGUCCGACGAGUCGCAAAUCGCAAAUCGUAGGGAUGCGGAAAUGCGGGAUGUUCAAGCAGAGAAGGACACGUUGAAGAAGGAGGUGGCGGGAAAAUUGGACGAGAUACUUCACCAAGGGCGGUCAGGACGAUGGCCGGAGAGUCAAUGAUAGACCGACGCUCUGGCGAACGUCCUGUCCGGCGGCACUGAUCAUGACACAGCUUCAGCUCGAGGUGUCUUCAAGGUGUAUCGCCCGUCCUUCAAUUGGGGCGUUCUUCGACAGCAGGCGAUGGGGCCACGGCUGCCGCGUCAAUCGUGCUCGUGUCAAUGCGGCUACAUUGACAUAGUACGAUGAAGACGUACAGCAGGCGUAUGCUUACGUCUCAUCGCACGGACGACAGACUCAGUCCUUAUGGGACUGGCGCAUGAUAUUGUCCAUCGGAAAGGAUUAUACGUACUCGACCUACGCAUU